AUGGGAAGACAGUGCAAAAGUACGAAGAAGCUUCUCGCUUUAUUCAUUGACGAGAUUCCAGAUGAUAAGCUACUGGAAUUCUCAGACACUCCUGGUGAAAUCUACAGCCAGCAGAAUUUUCGUCUAGAUUUGCAAGGCAAAACCUCGUCUGGUGGGUGGAACUUGCAAAUCCAAGUGAACUAUGGUGCCGAGACAGAAGCACUCCAGGCCAUGGCCCCAGAUACCAUUUCAGGUCCAGUACUGGUCACUUUGGAACUACCCAUGACCCCUGAGGAGAUCAGGGAAGAGUUCCGAAACAAGAUCAUUCAGCCUCAGCCUCAGCCUCGGAAGCGGAAGCGGAAGAGGUAG